AUGUCUCAAAUCGUCGAAACUACACCCUUUCUCGAUCAGAAGCCCGGAACCUCUGGGCUCAGAAAGAAAGUUACCGUGUUCCAGCAAAAACACUACACGGAGAACUUCAUCCAGGCCAUUCUUGAGGCCAUCCCUGAAGGCGCCCAGGAUGCCACUUUGGUGGUCGGUGGCGACGGCAGAUACUACAACGACCAUGUGAUUCAGCUCAUCAUCGAGAUUGCGGCGGCCAAUGGCGUCAAGAAGUUGAUUGUGGGCCAGAACGGCUUGCUUUCGACUCCUGCCACUUCUCACGUCAUUAGAAUCAAGAACGCCACCGGAGGCAUCAUCUUGACUGCUUCCCACAAUCCAGGUGGUCCUGACAAGGAUAUGGGUAUCAAAUACAACUUGGCCAACGGCGGGCCUGCGCCUGAGCUGGUGACAAACAAGAUUUUUGAAAUCUCUAAGACGCUUACGCACUACAAGACGUACAAGUUCGACAAGGUCGACCUAGGCAGCAUUGGCACCUCGAAAGUCGGGCCAAUUGAGGUGGAGAUUAUCGACUCGACCGCCGACUACGUUGCUCUCAUGAAGGAGAUCUUCGACUUCGACCUCAUCAAGAAGUUCAUCCAUUCCGCCGGCGAGUCCCAGGGCUUCCAGGUGUUGUUCGAUGCCUUGAACGGUAUCACGGGUCCUUACGGCCAGAAGAUCUUUGUGGAAGAAUUGGGCUUGCCCCAGACCUCGGUCCAGAACUGUGUUCCAAAGCCAGACUUUGGCGGCUUGCACCCUGACCCUAACUUGACCUACGCUGAGACCUUGGUCAGCAGAGUUGAUGCUGAAAAUAUUGCCUUUGGUGCUGCCUCCGACGGUGAUGGUGACAGGAACAUGAUCUACGGUGCUGGCGCUUUUGUGUCGCCUGGUGACUCGGUGGCUAUCAUUUCCGAGUACGCCGAGGCUAUUCCAUACUUCAAGAAGCAAGGCGUCUACGGCUUGGCCCGUUCAAUGCCAACUUCUGGUGCCUUGGACUUGGUGGCCCUGGACAAAGGCUUGAACGUUUACGAGGUUCCCACUGGCUGGAAGUUUUUCUGCAACUUGUUCGACGCUAAGAAGUUGUCCAUUUGCGGCGAGGAGAGUUUCGGGACGGGCUCCAAUCACAUCAGAGAAAAAGAUGGCUUGUGGGCCAUUUGCGCUUGGUUGAACGUGUUGGCCGACUUCAACCAGAAGUUCCCUCAAGAAAAGACUAGCAUCAAGGCCGUCCAAGAGAAGUUUUGGCAAAAAUACGGCAGAACGUUUUUCACCAGAUACGAUUACGAAGAGGUGUCGAGUGAGGGUGCCAACAAGCUUGUCGAAUUGCUUUCGUCGAUCGUGGAGUCGAAGAAGGAAGGCUCCGAGUUGGCUGAAGGUUACGUUGUCAAGGAGGCUGCAAACUUCUCCUACACCGACUUGGACGGCUCUGUGUCUAAGAACCAAGGUUUGUUCAUCAAAUUCACUAACGGCUUGCGUUUCAUUGUGCGUUUAUCCGGAACUGGCUCUUCCGGUGCUACUGUCAGGUUGUACUUGGAAAAACACUCUGCCGACCCAUCAACUUACAACGAACCUGUCGACAAGUUCUUCUCCAAAGAUAUCUCCUUCAUCUUGAACUUGUUGAAGUUUAAGGAGUUCUUGGGCAAAGACGAACCUGACGUAAAGACAUAA